AUGGCAGCUUUGAAGCUUUUUAGGAGAUCGCCGGGAAAUCACAACCACCACCACCGCCUCGCACCCGCUCGUCGGAAUUCGAGCCCGCUCUUUUACACCUUGACUGAGCCCUCGCUCACGGCGCACGUAGGCCCUGAGGCUUCCACACCUACGGGCCAACCCGAGGACAUUGGCCAAGACAACCAGACUACAGGUCUGUCAGCCGGUACGAUAGUAACAAUCAUCUUCUCCGGGCUCAUCCUAAUCUUCCUCCUCACAGUUGCCUACGCAUGCGCUUCGUCUCACCAUAAAUCCAGGCGCGACCGGCGCAGCACACUGGGAAGGCGGAGCCACUACUACCAAGACGACGCCGACGGCGGCGACAACGACACUGAGAUGCAGGCGCAACGCCACACACGACAGACACUGCUGGGGCGACUGGACGAAGACCAAAGCACGGACCAGCGCCAGUACAACUCUUACCAUCACGAGGGGGCGGGAAUGGGGUACGACGACGAGGAUGGCAAGGAGGCAUGGAUAGAAGUGGGAACGGCACGGGUGGCACACUUCAGGCGCGUGCCGACUGGGACGGUGUCGAUCAGGAACAUCGGACGGGGCAAGGCGCCGGCGCCGCUGGGGUCGUCGCAGUCGGUGCGCGACGUAGUAUCGCUGCCGGACCUGGCGUGGGCGGAGACGCUGACGACGGGAGGCGGGCGCAGGCCGGACGCUGUUGUCUCUGCCCCAGCCGCCGCCGUCCCUCCUGCUCCGGCGACCCGGACCUCAUCCAAGAGCAGCGGCAGCGAGCGGUCCAAGAAGCUACAGGAGAGGAGCGAGUCGCGGAGGGCGGUCAAGAGGAAGGCCAUCAGGGAGUGGUGUGCGCGCGGCAGCGGUGGCGGACUUGGACCGUAUUCUGCGGCCUACUGA